ACGCUUUGAAGAGGAAUGCCAAGACUCUCAGACCUUCUGCUCUCUGAAAGUUGCAAAAAAAGUUGCAAAGUAUAUAUAUUCUACAUGAUACUUCGCCUUCGACGGGCCCUGGGCACUCGCGUUGAAUCAAGAACUGCCCAUUUUAUUCAUCGUACAAGCUUAACGCGGAUUCCAGAAAAUGGGGUACGACUUCGGAGAAAGGAAGCCCACCGUGGGACAAGUGCCUCUCCUGAUCUUCGCGUACCUCGGUUUCUCCCUCUUCGUCUCCGGGUUUAUCCUGACGGUGCUCGCCUACGCGCCCACGGACUCCUACCUGAUGGUCAUGAUCCAGAGCAUGGGCGUGAUGGGUUUCCUCGGCCCGAUUGUGCUCGUCAUUGGCACGAUCAUGCUCCUGGUGUCCAUCUUCUACUGCUUAUUCGGCAACACUGAUGAAGACGACUACUAACCGACCGUUCGAUCCUGUGACGUCAUAACCCGCCAUUUCCUGCCUGCAAACAAUGAGAACAAAAGACUUUCCGGGAAUUAAACAAUCGUUGGUCGCGAUGUUGACUCACAUCUUUUAUCCUUAUUUGUUGUGCCAAAUGCAGAAAAGAUAUGAAUGAGAAUUAAUACCUUCGCAACAGAAGAGAGUUUCGAAGACAUCUUCGUCAAAAAUGCAUGUAUUUCUGAAGAUAUAAUCGAAACCGGUUAAAUAUAUCGCUCGAUAUUGUGAAUAUAUUAAUUCCCUUUCAUACCUUUCCUAACAUUUUUGCUUUAUCUUUUUUCCUUCUCUUUCAUUAUACUUUUUGUUUUUGUUCUUUUUUUUCAGGCGCUUUUGAUUAUUCCUUUGUCCUUUUCUCUCCGCGUCCUUUAUUGACUCUUGUUUUUUUUUUUUAUCAUGUUUACUUCAUUGUCUGCAUCAGCUGCCAUAAUGCUAUUAAACACAGGUUUCUGAAAACGGUGUGAGAGGGUGUACCAUAUAUUUUUUCAUGGGAAGUGUAGGGGGGAGGGUACAGUCUACUGAUAUGCCGGCCGAAUGGAUAAAUUUCUUAUCUUAUUUACUACACGAAUGAAUAAUUAGAUAGAAUAUCGACAUUAUAAGUGAUAUAGACCAUCACUUAUUGUAUAUUUUGAUGGAUACGGGCCUCUAAAUCUUUACUGUGAAAAGCCGGACUCUAGCAAUAAUAGAAAUUUAAAAAUUAAAUUUUCUCCCCCCCCCAAAAAAAAAAAAAAUGUCACGUCCCUGUCACAAAAAUAUAUACCUUUUAUUGAUCUACUUAGUUUCCAUAUGGUAGGUCCACCUCCCUGGAUUUUCACCUGUGGAUAAAUAACUUUUUUUCAGAGUUCAUUUUAGAUUUAGAUUAAUUGUCUCCUGUUUGCAUUUUUUAUGUUUUAUAGUGUAUGUUGUAUCAUGUAAGUCAGAAGAAGCUGCGAAUUCUAAUUGGUCGUAGUUAUCAAGUUUUGUGAUUUUGUUAUAUAAAUGUGAAUUCAGUAAAAAAUGUAUGAAUUAUUACAUUUUAUUCAUAUUUACAAAGAAAAAAAAACUACACAA